AUGGAUCCAACUAUCAAUGGAGUCCCUGAUUACACGAAUGGUUUCAAUAUUGAUGCCGAGCCCUUCUUACCCAAUUCAACUCAAUUCCCAAAUCUCAUAAAUGAAUACCAAUUUAACCAGCUCUCUCCGGAUCUUAACUUUUUGGAUAAUCAUUUUUCACUUCCAUCACCUGAUUUAGAACCUGGUAAUUUUGUUCCUUCAAUUAGUGUGAGCUCAGAUGGGGAGUCAUUUGUUCCAUCAACUAGUUUGAGUCCAGAUGGAGUCUCAUUUGCUCCUCCCAUGACUACAGUGAGCCCCGGAGGAGACUCUUCCUCUGAUGACAAUGACUACUCUGAAACUGUUUUCAAGUUCAUAAACCAGAUUCUUAUGGAAGAGAACAUAGAGAAAAAACCCUGCAUGUUCUAUGAUCCAUUGGGUCUUCGUGUGACUGAGAAAUCAUUCUAUGAUGCUCUUGGUCAAAAGUACCCUUCUUCACCUAAUCAGCAACCCCUUUAUAUUGAUCAAAAUGUUGAGAGUCCCGAUGGUAAUUUUUCUGGAAACUGUAGUGAUUGUAGUGGUAGUAAUAGUAAUAGUAGUGCUAGUCCUGGUACAAGCAACUCGGUUGAUCCUCCAUGGCUUGGCGAUCCGGUAGACCAAAAACCCUUUUUGUCACAAACUUCCCUUCCCAAUGACCACACUUUCCAGUUUAAUUCACAUCCCAAUUCACAGUUGUCUGUUCCUCUGACAAAUGACCUGACUAGUGUUGGAGACGAGCUGCAUGUUGACAAUGCACUGCAGGGCUCUUCUGUAAAUGAGUUUCUGGCUCAGAAUAUAUUUACAGAUAGUGAAUCUAUCUUGCAGUUCAAUAGAGGGUUAGAGGAAGCUAGUAAGUUCCUUCCAAAAGAUAAUCAGUUGGUUAUUAAUCUGGAAAGCAACACAACGUAUCCAAAAGUGAAACGACAUGCUCCGACAGUUAUUGUCAAGAAGGAAAAGAGUGAGAGGAAGAAGGAAAAGAGUGAGAGGAAGAACUCACCUAAUGGGUCAUGGGGAAGGAAGAAUCAUGAGAGGGGAGAUGUUGCCCCUGAAGAAGAGAGGAGUAGCAAGCAGUCUGCAGUUUAUAUACAAGAGAGUGAAUUAUCUGAGAUGUUUGACAGGGUGUUGCUUUGCACGGGAGGAAAUAAUGAGUCUCCAUGUGACAAUGUUGCUCUUCAGAAUGAAGCAAGCCAGGCUUUGCAGCCAAGUGGACAUCCACAAGAGUCUAAUGGUAAUGGUGGGAAAGCUCGUGCUAAGAAACAGGGAAAGAAGAAGGAAACUGUCGAUUUAAGGAAUCUCCUGAUCUUAUGUGCACAGGCUGUAUCUAGCAAUGAUUUUAGGACCACUAGUGAACUACUAAAGCAGGUUAGGCAGCACUCUUCUCCUGAUGGUGAUGGAUCUCAAAGGUUGGCUCACUUUUUCGCAAAUGCUCUUGAGGCUCGUAUGGCUGGCACUGACACUGGAACACGGAUGUUUUAUGUUUCCCUUGCUUCCAAAAGGAUAUCAGUGGUUGAUACUUUGAAAGCUUACCAAGUUCAUCUUUCAGCUUGCCCUUUCAAGAGAAUAUCAAUUUUCUUCAAAAACAAGAUGAUUUUGAAGAUGGCUGAGAAAGCAACAACCCUUCAUAUUGUGGAUUUUGGUAUCCUCUAUGGUUUUCAGUGGCCAAUGCUUAUCCAUCAUCUUUCGAAGAGACCUGGUGGACCUCCCAAGCUCCGCAUAACGGGGAUAGAGGUUCCCCAACCUGGGUUUCGUCCAGCAGAUUGGAUUGAAGAGACUGGACGCCGCCUGGCAAAAUAUUCAUCACAGAAUUGGGAAUCUAUCAAACUAGAGGAUCUCAAGACUGAAAGGAAUGAGGUGCUUGCAGUGAAUUGUAUGUUACGCUUCAAGAACCUACUUGAUGAGACAGUUGAAGUGAACUGUCCAAGGGAUUCCGUUCUAAAACUAAUCAGAAGGAUGAAACCAGAUAUUUUUGUCCAUACCAUUGUCAAUGGUUCCUACAAUGCCCCUUUCUUUGUCACUCGAUUUCGGGAGGCUCUCUUCCACUUCUCUGCCCUGUAUGACGCGUUUGAUAUUAAUAUAGCCCGUGACAAUGAAGAGAGGUUGAUGUUUGAGAGAGAGUUUUAUGGCCGGGAGGCUAUGAAUGUAAUAGCAUGUGAGGGCUUAGAAAGGGUUGAGAGGCCUGAGACAUACAAGCAGUGGCAGCUUCGUUGUACAAGGGCUGGUUUGCGGCCGCUGCCAUUGGACCAAGAUAUGCUGAAGAUCUUUAAGGAUAAGGUGAGGGCAUGGUACCACAAAGAUUUUGUAAUUGAUCAAGACAGUGAUUGGAUGCUUCAAGGAUGGAAGGGUCGAAUUGUCUAUGCUUCUUCUUGUUGGGUUCCAGCAUAG